GCCGAAACGGUGGUCGAUGGUUUGGUGAGGAAGACGAGUUCCGAGGAGACGUCCUUCAGAGCCAGAUUGUCUAGCUGUCCUUUUCACCAACUGGGCAGCCACCAUGAGCCACAAGCGAACGGAGGCAGGUUUCUUCAUCUUCUGCUUCUCGAUUUCGAUUUUUCGGAUGUAAGGACCUAACACUUCGUGCGCAUUGUUCGAAUCAUGUUGUAAUUGAUCGUUCGAAUCAUGUUGUAAAAAACCCGUAGUCGUUGGCGCUGGUAAAAUGCUUCGGCCCAGCUUGCUGUCUAACCUCUCGUCUCGUCGAUGCUUGUGCCGCGCACAAGCUCUCGCCGUCGCACUGCGUUUGCUUCUUGUGCUUGCGUUUUCAUGGCCGAAUCUGAGCAGCUUCGUGGCACUGGCAAGAACCACUGCAACACCUAGCACACCGCCAGACAGGCCAGUCCAGGCCGAAGCAGGUGUGGAGAACGACGCAGCAGGUGAUGGAGCGGGCCCGCACCCCGACGCCAAGCUUUCGAAGCCGAAGCAGGCGCCCGGCACGAGCAAGCACCGCCGGAAGAAAAAAGUCGUGAAGAGAAGCUAUGUGACGCUGCCGGAGUUGCCGGAAGCCCUGCUCCCGCACAAAAAGGACCGGUAUGGGCUAAGGGAAAUGCUGAAAGUGGAUCUUCGAGUAGCUGCACACGAAAGCAGCCGAGUAGCGUCAAAACAAGUAGAUGACGACGCCCCCGUCGCCUCCUGGAUGGUCGAACCACGGUCACUUAUCUCCUCAUCGUCUACUCCGCCGAGCACGGACGGAGGUCUUGUCCCUCUCUCUACUUGGCAACAAAUCAUCGAUUCCGAGGACGAGGGGCGGUUUCGCGACAUUGUGGAGCAGUUCUACGAACGCACCUGCCGUGCUGACGUUUGGCACGCAAUCGAUGACAACGAGGACGGAAUUUUGUCCCUGGACGAAUUCAAACAAAUGCUUUCGCAGGCUGAAGAACACUUUGCUGCUGCGAUGAAAUCUGAAGCAACAGCAGAACCUGCAAUAAAUGCGGGCACUACAACUGCCAAGAAAAGCGUCAAGAAAUCGUCAAAACCACCUACCUCCGCAGUGUGGGCGUUUUGCUUUGAAGCGUUACACGCAGCUUUUUGGCGGUUGGAGUUACAGGAGCGGACGGUGUUGGAACCGGAUGUGGUCAUGAGGGAGCUGAAAACGUUUUUGAGUAAAAACACCGACUUCCUGGAAGCGAGAAGGCGGGUAUGAAAGGGAGCAGAAAUAAAGUGAUUCCAGUGCUAGUAGUGUUGAAGAUGUGAUGAAAAGCAUGACUUAAUGAAGUAGAGUUUUGUGAUGUGUGUAUGCAUUUCUGUUGAUACAACAUGACGAACAUCAAGAGCUGCAGGCUCUUGUGGUAGUAAAGCGAGGCUGAACUUGAUGUAGCUCCUGUUGACUUCUGCAUCAGGGUAGUAAGUUGUGGUCUGGUGCAGCUGCGACCAAGAUCAGCAACUGCAUACCAACACAAGUCACAAAACCAAUAUGUGACAAACACCACUGCAAGUCGCAACAAGAAACACUUUUUACCUGGAUAGUGUGCAUUCGAUUCGUUGCCUGGCAUCGUGGAAAAGAUGGAGGCAGCACAGCUGGAGGGAGCGGGCGGCUCCGAGAAAAGUAAGAACGAUAAAGAGCAGGAACUGUAGAACCAAAGCACCGAAACAUUUUGAUGCAUACUUUCCUGGAACUACACACUAGUACAGCUUCUAUUGUCACAGUACCAUUCACACAUUGCGGAAGUCCUCGUGCAAUUCCGAGCACGUCGCUG